AAAGAACAGGAUAUUUAUUUUGAUUCAUUUCAGACUCAAAAAUAAUAAUUACAUAAAACUAUCCCUUUAUAUGAAAACCAUCCGUAUAACUUUCACUUCUUUAAACUGAAAAGCCAUUUAUUUGCUUCAUCAGCUUUUUAGUUUGUUUUAUCUUAUAAAGUGUAUAUAAGAGCACAGCUAUAAAUCACCGCACAAGUUGUUCCUAAUGUUCGCUUUACGUUUUCAAGUUCGAAAAUCACUGACUAGGAGCAUCUCAGGAUGGACAGAUAAUAUACGUAAACAAACCAAGUUGUCUGAUAUUGUCUAUUCCCGCGAGGAAAAAUAUGGAGCGCAUAAUUAUCACCCUUUACCGGUAGCUUUGAGCAAAGGCAAAGGAAUUUAUGUUUGGGACGUCGAGGGAAACUGUUAUAUGGAUUUUUUGAGUGCAUAUAGUGCUGUUAACCAAGGGCACUGUCAUCCACGUAUAAUUGAUGCACUCAAAACACAAUCAGAAAUACUUACCCUUACAUCACGUGCAUUUUACAACGUUUAUUUGGGAGAAUUUGAGGAGUUUGUCGCAAAAAUGUUUGGUUACGAUAAGGUCUUAGCCAUGAAUUCAGGUGUUGAAGCUGGUGAAACUUCAAUAAAACUUGCCCGUAAAUGGGGUUAUAAAGUAAAGAAUAUUCCGAAUGGACAAGCUAGAGUAAUAUUUGCUGAGGGAAACUUUUGGGGUCGCACUUUAGCUGCAUGCUCUUCAUCUACUGAUCCCACCUGCUAUUCAGGAUUCGGACCAUAUAUGCCAGGAUUUGUAAUUGUUCCUUAUGAUGACCUGGAUGCUCUUGAGGUUGAAUUAAAAAAUCCUAAUACUUGUGCAUUUAUGGUGGAACCAAUUCAAGGUGAAGCUGGUGUUCGUACACCUUCAGAUGGUUACUUAAAAGGUGUACGGAAAUUGUGUACUAAAUAUAACGUACUGUUUAUAGCUGAUGAAAUACAAACUGGUUUAUGUAGAACAGGAAAACGGUUGUGUGUAGAUCAUGAAGAUGUUCGACCAGAUAUUGUUUUACUCGGUAAAGCUUUGUCGGGAGGAGUACUUCCGGUAUCAGCAGUUCUAGCUGACGAUCCAGUUAUGUUGGCUAUUCAACCCGGUGAACAUGGAUCGACUUAUGGUGGUAAUGCACUUGCUUGUAAAGUUGCCACAGCUGCUUUAAAAGUUUUGGAAGAGGAAUGUUUAGCAGAACGUGCACAAAAAUUAGGUGAAAUCUUUCGUAAUGAAUUGAGUAAACUGCCAAAAUCUGUAGUUGAAUUAUAUCGUGGUAAAGGUCUUUUAAAUGCUAUUGUAAUUCGUCAAGGAUUUAAUGCAUGGGACGUUUGUUUAAAAUUGCGUGAUCAUGGUUUAUUGGCUAAGCCAACACAUGACACAAUAAUUCGAUUAGCACCACCUUUAGUUAUUAAAGAAGAUGAAUUGCAAAAAGCAACAGAAAUUCUACACAAAGUGAUUGGUUCAUUAAGUAAAUAGUAAAACAAUACAAGGAAAACAGACAGCUAUUACUAUAGUGCAAAUUCAAUUGUGAUGCUACGAAAUUCCGAUUUGAUCAAAGUAGGUUCAAAUGCCUGUGAACACACUCGCUAUCUCAAAUCAAUUUAUAGGUCAAAUAGAAAACUACUCUUUCUUCUGUUAUCAUAACUUAUUAAUUAUUGACUGAUUUGAUUAUUUUUUCUAUAAAAAAAAACACUAUGAUCUAUCAAUUAUUGUAUUGUUUUAAAAAUACUCUGUUGAUUGUUAUAUUUGAUUUUAUUGUUUGAUUUAACCAAUUACUACUAUUACUAUUAUUAUUAUUAUUAUUAUUAUUAUUAUUAUUUUGAUACUUUUGAAUAUUCAUAACCAUGUCUUGAUGUGAUGUGAUUAUUUUCAUUGAAUAUUUUUUCUAUUUAUUUAUUUUUGCUACAAUUCACAAUAGCAAUUGGCUUUGAUACAUGAUUUUGAAUUAUUAAAUAAUAAUUUGUAGUGCUUUUUUCAUUUAAAAAAAGAAAAAUACUAACAUAAUGAAUAAACUGCUAUUUACAUUACCUUUUUUUCUGAAAAGCGAUUUUAACACAUUAAUUUUUCUUUAAUUUCAAAAACGACUCAGUUUGCUUUGAAGUGAAGUAUACAACAUGAAACUUUUUUGUAGGCUGGUAAACAUGAUUUGUAGAAUCACUAAGAUACAACAAAUAAUCCAUAGUGAAUGGAAUUUUAUCCUACAAUGAGUGUACAUUGAUGGAGCAUCUCAUAUUAAGAUGCUAAAAGUGUUCAAUCCUUCUUGGCUUUUGACUGUACUUCAACUUAGAUCACUUUCUAAAGUAGAUGACCUAUGAAAAAAAUGUUCGAAUUUCAAUGAUUUGU